CUCACCCUCCAGUACGACGACCAGCAUAGCUUCCACCACAACAACCAUCUCCCCUUCAACCGCAACAACAAAUGCCCCUUCAACCACACCCAGCACCCCCUCCACCACAACAACCAGUGCUCCCUCCACCACGACGACCAGCGCCCCUUCAACCGCAACCAGCGUCCCCUCCACCACAACCAGUGCUUCCUCCACCACGACAACCAGCAUAGCUUUCACCACCACAAACAUCGCCCCUAUAAACCACAACCCGUUUCCUUGACCAAAACAACCAAUGCUCCCUCGACAACGACGACCAGCACCCCUUCAACCACAAUAACAAAUGCCCCUUCAAUCACAACCAGCGCCCCCUCCACCACGAUGAGCAGCGCCCCUUCAACCACAACUGGCAUCCCCUCCACCACGAUGACCAGCGCCCCUUCAACCACAACCGGCGUCCCCUCCACCACAACAACCAGUGCUCCCUCCACUACGACAGCCAGCAUAGCAUCCACUUCAACAACCAUCGCCCCUUCAACCACAACCCCUGUUUCCUCGACCACAAAAACAAGUACUCCCUCCACCACCACAACCAUCUCCCCUUCAACCACAACAAAAAAUGCCCCUUCAACCUCAACAACUAGCUCACCCUCCAGUACGACGACCAGCAUAGCUUCCACCACCACAACCAUCCCUUCAACCACAACAAUUAGCUCACCCUCCACUACGACGACCAUCGCCCCUUCAACCACAACCAGCGCCCCUUCAACCAUAACCAGCGCCCCCUCCACCACAACUAGCGCACCCUCCACUACGACAGCCAGCAUAGCAUCCACUUCAACAACCAUCGCCCCUUCAACCACAACCCCUGUUUCCUCGACCACAAAAACAAGUACUCCCACCACCACCACAACCAUCUCCCCUUCAACCUCAACAACUAGCUCACCCUCCAGUACAACGACCAGCAUAGCUUCCACCACCACAACCAUCUCCCCUUCAACCGCAACAACAAAUGCCCCUUCAACCACACCCAGCACCCCCUCCACCACAACAACCAGUGCUCCCUCCACCACGACGACCAGCGCCCCUUCAACCGCAACCAGCGUCCCCUCCACCACAACCAGUGCUCCCUCCACCACGACAACCAGCAUAGCUUUCACCACCACAAACAUCGCCCCUAUAAACCACAACCCGUUUCCUUGACCAAAACAACCAAUGCUCCCUCGACAACGACGACCAGCGCCCCUUCAACCACAAUAACAAAUGCCCCUUCAACCACAACCAGCGCCCCCUCCACCACGAUGAGCAGCGCCCCUUCAACCACAACCGGCGUCCCCUCCACCACAACAACCAGUGCUCCCUCCACCACCACGACCAGCAUAGCUUCCACCACCACAACCAACGCCCCUUCAACCACAACCCCUGUUUCCUUGACCAUCACAACCAGUGUUCCCUCCACCACCACAACCAACUCCCCUUCAACCACAACUAGCUGACCCUCCACUACGACGGCCAGCAUAGCUUCAACCACAACAACGAAUGCCCCUUCAACCACAACUAGCGCCCCCUCCACCAUAACAACAAGCGCUCCCUCUUCCACAACGACCAGUGCCCCUUCAAC